UUGUCCGUUCGGUUUCAUUUCUACAUUAGUUUGAAAAUAUGGCACUAAACGCUCUGUGCAGAACUUGCACUGGUGAACAAUCGAUGGACCAGCUUGUGAAUAUUUUUGAAACCAAUUAUCAAGAUGAGACCAUUGCAGAAAUGAUCGUCGAACUAACAGGACUGACGGUGGAGGACGAUAACAGUUUGCCCAGUUUCUGCUGUAUACAGUGCCAAUUGGACCUCAUCGACGCCGUAGCUUUUCGUCGCAAAUGCAUCGCAUCGGAGAAGCUUAUACAAGAGCACCUAAGUCAACAAAACUGCACACAAAUACUUCAGCUGGACGCUUUAGACACAGCGUCCGAAAAAAGUGUGGAGGACGAUGUUGAACAAGAAACCGUUCAAAUUUCCGGCAUUGAAAGUUACAUUGCGUUAAUUGAAGAUAUAGAAAUUGAUCACUACGAAGAACAGUUAGAUAGUCCUUCAUGUGUGAGUGAAACUGAACAGGCUUCGCCCGUCUCAAUCAAUGAGGACGAUGUUGCAAAUGAUACAGGCACAUCUUUUAACACAACCAAACCAUCGGACCAUAGCCUACUAAAUCACAAAUGCUGUGGGUGUUCUGCAAGCUUUGAAACUGAACAGGAUUUGAUGGAGCAUUCGCAAUUAACACACGCUCUCAAUCCACCAUCACCGGACCCAACGAGACCAUUCCAGUGCAACAUUUGCUACUGCUCUAGAAGAACAGAACGGGGUAUAGAGCAGCAUCGUAAAGUGCUGCAGCAUCUGUGGAUGAAAAAGUCCUCGAUUGGCGCACAGAUAGCAAGUGAUGCCGCAAACAACUCUACAGCAAAUAGUGUUGAGAAUGAAGGAUUCGAAGCUCAUGGUAAAGAAAUGCAAACCAAUCCAAGCAUCGACGACAGUUACACCGAGGAAUUGAUCGACAAUGGAUCAACCGACGUAGGGUGUUACGUGGUGUCAUCGGCACCGGAUGAUCUUAAAUUCAGCUGCUGCGGAUGUACCCUCUCCUUCGGGACCGAGAAUGAAUUGAUGGAACAUUCCGAUUCGAUACAUGCACCAAAUGCGCCCCCGCCACACAAAACCAAACCAGUGCAGUGCAACGUUUGCUAUAGCUGGUAUUCAUCCGAGCGGUCUUGCCGGGACCAUCAGGUCUACAUGGGCAACCGUCAGUUUAUGUGUCCGGUGUGUGGUAUGCGCUUUGGCCGAACUUCUUCGCUACUGCGACAUAAAAGCACACACGAUAAAAUACCGGACGAGGUGGAAGCGAGUCAGGUUGUUGAACCCGAGCUACUGGAUGAUCUACAGUUUAGCUGCUGCGGAUGUAUGCUCUGCUUCGAAACCGAGAAUGAAUUGAUGGAACAUUCCGUUUCGGUUCAUGCACCAAAUGCGCCACCGGAAGACGACAACAAGCCAGUGCAGUGCAACGUUUGCUAUAGCUGGUAUUCAUCCGAACGGUCGUGUCGGGAUCAUCAGGUCUACAUGGGCAACCGUCGGUUUGCGUGUACGAUAUGUGGCCAGCGCUUCGGUCGUGCUUCGGCCCUCGUACGCCAUCGAAAUACGCACGAAAAGGCACUCAUAUUUUCGUGCAAAUAUUGUGGAAAACUGUUUCCCAGCACGUACAAAAAGUUGAGCCACGAAAAACGGGAGCAUGAGAACCCGCUCGUAAAGGGUACCGAUACUGAAUCGGCCGGCGAAGAACAAAAAAAACCACUUAUCUUUUCGUGCAAAUAUUGUGAAAAAAUGUUUGCCAACGCGUACAGCAGGAUGAGCCACGAAAAACGGGAGCAUGAAAAUCCGCCCGUAAAGGAUGCCGAAGCCGACUCGACCGGUGAAGACUCAAAAAAGCAAACAUGCUGUGGAUGCAGUGAAACCUUCGAUAGCGAGCACGAAUUGAUGGUCCAUGCCGGUACGGUGCACGCCCCGAAUGCACCCCCCGACGACGACGCGAAACCGGCCCGAUGUAACAUCUGUUAUCGAUGCUACAAAUCCGAUUCCGCUGUACGGGUGCAUCAACGGUGCAUGCGCAUGCGCUCGCUGCAGUGUGCGACCUGUGGCAAGAGCUUCGCAACACGAUCGCAUCUGCUCGCACACGAAAACGUUCACACCCAAGCGUUGAUCUACGCGUGCGCCCAUUGUGACGAAAAGUUCGCCAACAAAACGGCCAAACAGAAGCAUAUCGCACGAAAACACGGCCCGCCGGUGGCCCCCACCAAGCAUCUUUGUCUCACCUGUGGUAAAGCAUUCAAUUCAAUUUUCUAUCUGCGAGACCAUCUGAAGCUGCACGCUGACGAGAUGCCAUACUCAUGUCACUGCGGUGCUAAGUUUAAGCUGGAAAAAUACCUCAAAAGGCAUAUGCAAAUACACAGCGGGAAGUACACGUGUCAGUUUUGCACCCUCGCCUAUCGUUGCGCGUCCAUGCUGCGGGACCACGAAAACCGGCACACGGGGAAUAAGGAAUUUCCCUGUGACCUCUGCAGCAAACGGUUCUACGGAAAAGCGGACGUGGCAAAGCAUCGUGCCUAUGUGCACUUUAAACGAGGGAAACUACGUAAAGCUUCUUCCUGAUAAUGGCACAUUGAAUAAUUAUUAGUAAUAAUCAAUAUCAUUUUUUAAUUGUAAACAAUUUCUUAUAUAAUAUUCUGGGCAAUCACACGCUUCAAACGUUACUAAAUACAACCUCUUUUACCAAAGAGUGGGCAGUAGGACUUUCACCUUUUCAUAGUCUCAGCGUUCUACGGUUUUUUUUUGGGAUUUACACCAAUACUUUCUCAAAUUUGAGGCGAUUGGAUCAAUUAGUACCACAUAACUGAAUAAAAAUCUACAAACAUGUAAUAACAUGUUUCCGAAGGAGGUGUAUUGCGAAUCAACGUCGCACAACGAAAAUAGAAUCAAAACGGACCCGAGCCAGGCCAGGGGGCAAAACCGUAACGAGCUCUAUGAGCUGUAUGGAGAACCCACUGUCGUACAGCGAAUUAGACUCGGCUGGCUCCGGUGGGCUGGCCAUGUCAUGCGGAUGGCAACGGACGACCCAGGCCGUAAAGUCCUUUUAGGCUGUCCCAAGGGACAGAGGCGGUGUGGUAGGCUUAAAAUUAGGUGGAAGGACGGUGUAGACGAAUUGGACCAGCUUGGCGAGCAACCGUGAGCGGUUUCGGAUGGAGCUUCGGCGAACCAAAACCGCUCAGCGGUUGUAGAUAUACUUAAGUAAGUUAAGAUCCGUGAGAUAGUCGACCGUGUAAUGAUUCAUUUUCUAGAUGUA